AUGCAGCCGGGGUAUAUCUGUGGACAUGAAGGCAUGGGCAUCGUCCACGAGGUGGGCGGCGAGGUGAAGAACUUUAAAAAGGGUGACCGGGUGAUUGCGCCCUUUACCAUCAGCUGUGGCGAGUGUUUCCAUUGCAAGAGAGGCAUCACGGGCCGCUGUGCAAAAUGCAAGUCGUUUGGGUCGGUCGCCUUGGACGGAUCACAAGCCCAGUAUUUCAGGGUUCCGUUGGCGGAUUCGACCUUGUUUCACACUCCACAGGAGGGAGACCUUGGGGAACUGUUGAUCUUGAUGACGGAUAUCUUUCCCACGGGAUUCAAUGGGGCGAGAAACGCAUUCCGAGAAACUCCAAGCGACCAGUGGAAGGAUAUGACUGUGGUGGUCAUCGGCUGUGGUCCUGUUGCGCUGUGCGCCAUCGUCAGCGCCCUCGAGUACAAACCCGCCCGGAUUAUCGCUAUCGACUCGGUCACGAAUCGCCUGCAACGUGCCCAAGACCUGGGAUGCAUCCCGCUCAACUUCAAGACGACGGACGUGGUCAAGGAGGUGAUGGCACUAACAGACGGUAAUGGCGCUCAUGCAGUCAUCGAAGUGGUCGGUCUCAGUCCCGCCCUCAAGACGGCCUACGAUGUCAUCUGUCCCGGCGGCAAGAUCAGCUCUGUAGGGGUCCACAAUGCCGAGCUCCCAUUCACGGCUGCAGAUUGUUACAACAAGAACGUUCACAUCCAGUUCGGCCGCUGUCCGGCAAGGUACGUGUUCAAUGAGGCUUUGCAGGCCCUGAUCCGUAAUAAAGACACAAUCGAGAAGAUGGGUUUCAUCGAUCUCGUGCUGCCGAGCUUGGAUGAAUCCUGUGUCGAUGCGUUGCGCCGGUUCGAGCGGGCAGAGGUCAAUAAAGUGGUCUUCAAGCCAAACGGCCCAGAUGCCUAA